UAUUCAAACAAAAAAAUCAUUCCUCCGAUCAAAUCUAAAGCAUUCACAAGAACCAUGAAGUUCGCUAUUGUCUUUUGCCUGUUUGGCUUGACGUUAUCUGAAAACCUCCACGGUAGAACUGGAUUCGGUCCAUCAUCUCUAGGACAAUACGGAGCAGGUCUUGGAUACAAAACAGGAUAUUUACCGAACCUUGGAUACGGCGCUAGUUUGCCUCAUGGAUCAACUCUCGGACAUGGUACAAGAUUCGGACAUGCCGCAACUAUAGGUUACGGAAUCGGUCAAGGAUAUAAUGGCUGGCAAGGUUAUGGUUCAAAAUUCAACAAUGGUUAUAACGGUAACGGACUUACUGCCUUUGGAACAAAUUCAGCAUAUCCCAGAGCACCGAUUUCAUCUGUAUCACAAUAUAGUAUUCAUUCAGCAACACCAGUACCAUAUGCAUCACAAUACGGCGGACACGAUGCUUAUCCUCCAAUUGCUGGCUAUGGAUUCGGACACGGUUACGGGAGUUAUGGAAAAAAGUGGUAAAAAAGUAAAACUCAAUUAAGGAAUGUAU